AUGGCACCUAAUGUGAUUAACCGUGAACAAAGCAUAGAUAGUAAUUCAGACACUUCCUCCCCAACUGAACAAGAGAAAUCUACGAGGAAACACCAUAACCCAAUGCCCAUCAUUGUGAUAAUGGCUCCUGACAAUGCCUUUGAUCAUCUUCUUCCUGAGGGCACUCAGUAUUCCUCAUAUCCUUACCACUGCUCCCAACAACGUUACUGGCGUUCCAAGAAGGCUACAUUCCUCUUCUGCAUUGUCAUCAUGGUGCUACUUGCGUUGUUCUGUAUUACGAUUAUCGCCACUACUAAUAUCGUUCAACAGGUUGUUCAAUCGGGUCAUCCCCCGGGACCGCAACCUCUAAUUCAGACAUCUUGUGGCCCUGUAAAAGGAGAGUACCAAGAUGGAAGUUGGGUUUUUCGUGGAAUCCCAUAUGCCAUGCCACCCAUCGGACACCAGCGUUGGAAACCACCUACCUCAAACCAGAUGCCGAACGGGCGUUGCUGGGAAGAAACGCACAUGGCUACAUCCUAUCCAAGUGUCUGCUUCCAGAUGGACAGCAAUCAUAGCAAGGUGAUUGGCAGUGAAGAUUGUCUGUAUCUGAACGUCUGGAUGCCGCAUAACUAUGACGAAAAGAAACCCAGAUUGCCUGUUGUCGUUAUGAUGCAAGGUGAGGGGCAAUCCUUUCACAAGGAUACCCCACAGAAAUCUUUUGAAUUUAUUCGCCACUAUGUGAAUAAAGCACAGGCAGUUUUUGUUAGCGUCAACUACAGACUGGAUAUUUUGGGUUUUUUACCUACUGCUCAGAAUUUAUUUGGGAGACAAAGCAGGGAAAUUGUCACUGGAAAUUUUGGCCUCAUGGAUCAGAUCUUGGCUUUAAAAUGGAUUCAGAAAAAUAUUGAAGACUUUGGUGGAAAUUAUAGCCAGGUAACAGUGUAUGGAGAAUCAUCAGGAACAGAGACCAUGUUGGGUCUCCUGACCAGUCCAAAGGCUCAAGGAUUGUUUCAGAGGAUGCUGGUUAUAAAUCCAUCCUUUCUACCCAUCCAGCCUUUUCCUCAGGCUGUCUAUGCUAAUAAUAGCUUAUUUUCCCAUACUGGUUGUCAUGGGGAUGUAGAAUGCUUGAUGAUGUUGGAAGGAGGAGAACUGAUGAUGGCUACAUCUGCUCACCGCCUGUCGAAACACAAGAGAUUCAAAGAAAUGUUACCUCCUAAUCACCGUUUUCCUUUAAUCAUUGAUGGUGAAACAUUGGUAAGUGAGAGAGGACAGAUUAAAGAAAAGAGACCAGAAGUUCCAGUCAUGAUUGGAUUUUCCAAUUGGUAUACACCAUGUGCUGAAGACCAUCUUGAGAGAAAUUUCACCAAAGUUGUACAAUUGAAAUUUAAGUUGAAUGUUCAAUCAGCAAAAAAGAUAAUCAUGAUGUACACCAAGCAAAAGAAUGAAAGCAAUGGUGAAACUUUGGAAGAGAUGUUGUUUGACAUCAAAAUGUGCCGAGCUCAGAAAAUGCUCUCAAAUAUUAACUUUCCAGUCUAUUAUUCAAUCAUUCGCCCUCAUUCCCUGUCACUCCAGGAAAGCCAGGAAGCCAAAAAAAAUGCAUCUUCAUUGCAGUCCUCAUCUGCUAACAUGGGUGCGCAUGUAAAAUGUUCCAAACAAGGUAACAGAGAUACCCACAGCCUUUUUCUGUCUGAACUGCAACAACUCUGGAGAGAAGGAUUUUCCUUAAUCAAAACCGGACGUCCCUCAACAAGCAAAGUGCCCAAUACAACAGCCCUGAUUUCUGAUAAUGUGAUUACCAUUGAAGCCAAUUACCAUCAGAAAGAGUGUGCUUUCUGGUCACGGCAUAAAACGGUGUAG